UGCAGAGCGGGGAUGUCCUGGCCCCUCCAACCCCUACGGCGUCUUGGGGAGGGGCAUUGGCACCAGGCUCCCCCGGGCAUCAGGGCAGACCGAGAGGCACCUCGCCUCUUGGCUGGCUGCGGGGUGGGCUGGGAGCUCCUGCUCAAGCAAGAGCUUCAUCCUCCUGACCGCAACGCUGUGGCUGCUUCCUCACGAGGGGUUUUAUUUUCAGUGUGGCCAACAGCCCAUGGGAGCAGCCGAGCGGCAGAAAGGCUCAGCCUGGGGCAGGGUGAGGAUCACGGCCCCGACACGGGCGAAUGGGCCGGGGGGAGGAGCACGGCCCCGACACGGGCAGCGCUGGAGGACGCGACACGGGAGGAAAUGUCCAGUACAGAGGAGAUGCAGACACCACCUUGCCUGCGCCCGCCGGCCCCAGGAGACCUGGAGGGACCCCCCACCUCACUUCUGCCCUCAGGAACAGGACUGGGAGAGACCCUCCACACAGAGAGAGCUGCAGGUGAUUUCAGCUCCAGCCGCGAGAUGUUCCUGCUCAUCGUCACUGGUUCCUGGUACAGCUCACGCGUAGUACAGCAGGACUUGGCUGCUGGCUGGCGGCGCGACUCCGUCAUGCGAAGCGCUGCGCACGCCGCAGCUCGGGAGCCCCUCUCCGAGCACCCCCAGCUCCCCAGCCAAACUGGACAGGAGCGUGGUGCCGUUUCCACAGGCCUGGCUUUGCUGCUGAAGGACACGGGCCGUCACCUUGCCAGCACUUGGCUCUUGCCCCCUCCUUCCGCCGCCACGGGCUGGGUCCUCCUCAGGUCCCUGGUGCAGGCGCCGGAGCGGAGCGGGGCCGGGGCUGCUGCAGGAGCAGAAGAGCCGGGCGGCCCGGGGCGGGAGGGACAGAGGGACCGCUUCUUUGCUCAGGCUGCAGCUGGCUUUGGACCCGGCGGGCCUCGGGUGGCGGAACAGGCCUGA